AUGAUAAAGCGACGAAAGAGUAGCAAAAAUAGUAAAUUUACUCGAAUGACUGAAGAAGAACGUGCACGUUAUAUGCAAUAUCGUGCUGAAUUUGAACUUGAAGCUAAGAGGCGUAAACAACAAUUAAUUGCAACUUAUAUUAAAAAUAAAUUAAAACAUGAAAAUGUAUUUUCAAAAUUAAAUACUGCAAAGAUUAAUGAGAAAUGGAGACUCGUUUUGCGACAAAUAAAAUGUAAGGAAAUUUAUAACAAUGUGCAAUAUCUUUCUGAAUCUUUCGAUAGAAUAAUAAAUUUAAAAGACAGCACAAUUCAUCAACUGCAACGUGAAUUAGAGAUAACAGAUCAAGAUCAUAGAAAACUACAAGAAGCUCAUAUUGAAUUAAUGAACAAUAUUAUAGGAAAGCAUAAACAAAAAUUACAGAACUUACAUGACUUAUACAAAUUGAAUAAUAAUAAAUCGAAUGUGAUCGAAUUAUGUCCUUUGAACAAUCAAAUAGAAGGAAGCUAUAAAGAAAUGCAACUUAUUGUAAGAAAGAAAAAUAAAAUUUUGGAGGAAGAAAAAUUUAUAGCAAAAACAAGAAAUGCUAUUAACAUUCGUAAUAUUUUAAUUUUGGAAGAAAAUACAAUGUCAAAUCUCAUACAUCAAUCUUCUAAGAACAUAGAAAGUUUUUGGGAACAAUUGAAUCAAACACUAUUUGAAUACGAAAGAGUUACUGAACAUAAAAAAGAACAAUAUGAAUAUUUGAAAGAACAAGAUAAUACAUAUCAAUUGUGCAUACUACAUUACCCAAGAAUGCAUUUACAAUUACAAAAUACUGUUGAAGGUUUAAAAUGCAAUAUACAAACACUAUCAUUAAAAAGAGAUGAACGUAUUGAGAAUCUUAAAAGAAAAAAUGCAUAUAUAAAAAAGGAAAUCAGAAAUAUGAAACAAUAUUUUACUAUAACUCAAGCAGUAGAUUUUGUACAAUUAAAAAAGUUAAUUGUUUCUAGCAAUGACGUAUUAAAGAAUUUGCAGAAAAGUGUGGAAAAAAGUGCUAUACUUCUUGAAAUAAUUACAAUAUGCUCUAAUAUGGAACCAUUUAUCUAUAAUUUAAGAAACUACUUUAUAGAAGAUGAGGUAAAUCAUUUAUGUAAUUCAAUUAAGCUUCCUAGUUCACAUGAUAAAAUUGAUAUGUUUUGGAAAAAGCAUAAUCACAUCGUAUCAAGUAACAUUUUAUUAAAAAAUAAAUGCAAAAAGCUUAAUUUAGAAAACAAAAAACUGAGGUACAAGUUGCAGGCUCACGUUAUAAUAUUUUCUGGAGGUCCCACAAUAUCUUCAAUCACUUCAACUUCUAUUUAA